GACCAAAAAUGGAUUGAUCAGUAUUAUAUUUAUACGGCCAAAUCCACUCCACCUACAUAAUUUACAACGCCAAUUACUGUUUCUGAUAUCCUCUGACCUCUGUUUUGAGUGUUCCUCCGUGUUAUGGAGUUGACUUUUCCAUCAAUUCUCAUCACUUCCAUUCUCCUUUUCAUCUCUCUGAAACUAAUACAACUAAAGUGGAACAAAUCCAAGGAUGGAUCAGACUCUAAAUUGCCUCCAGGGCCAUGGAAGCUGCCCGUCAUUGGAAGCGUACACCACUUGGCACUGGCGGGUUCGCUUCCACAUCGCGCCCUCAGAGACUUAUCUAGGAAAUAUGGCCAAAUGAUGCAUCUUCAACUGGGUGAAAUAUCUGCAGUUGUCGUCUCAGGACCUGGAAUGGCGAAAGAGGUACUGAAAACUCACGACAUCGCUUUUGCGAACCGGCCAAAGCUUGUAGCCGCAGAGGUCACCACUUAUAAUUAUCGGGGUGUUGCAUUUGCUCCUUACGGUGAUUACUGGAGACAGAUGCGGAAAAUCUGCGUGAUGGAGCUCCUGAGUGUCAAAAAUGUUCACGGGUUCGCCUCCAUCCGGGAAGACGAGACAUGGAAAAUGAUCAGUUCAAUCCAGGCAGCAUCCUCCGAGUCAUCAGUUAACUUAACUGAGAAAAUUUUCGCAUUGACAAAUGCUAUUACGAGCAGAGCAGCCUUUGGGAUUGGACCCAAGAAGCGUCAAGAUGAAUUAAUCAGGUUGUCAAAUCGGAUGACAGAGAUGGCUAGCGGUUUCGAUCUUGCUGAUUUGUUUCCUUCCAAUAAAUUCAUUCGAGUCAUUAGCGGGACAAGUUUCAAACUAAAGAAGCUGUUCAAAAACCUGGACCAAAUACUCGAUGAAAUUAUCAAGGAGCAUAGAGAGAAGAGGAUGUCAGCUUUAGGUAAUUCUAAAAAACCUUCAGCUGCUACAACAUCCAAGGAAGAAGAUAUAGUUGAUGUUCUAUUGAAGAUCAAUGAAGAAGGCAGUCUUGAGGUUUCCAUUUCAACAGAAAGCAUAAAAGCAAUUAUUGUUGUGAAAAAAUCUGUAGCUAAUUUCUACCGUUGGGGAUUUAUCUGGAGGAGAAAACCCGAUAUGAAGCCCAAUAACCUCCUUUUCAUUUCUCUCAAAUUCAUACAAAACAAAUUAAGCAAAUCCAGGGAUGAAUCAGAUCCUAAAUUGCCUCCAGGUCCGUGGAAAUUGCCCAUUAUUGGAAGUUUACACCAUUUGGCUCUGGCGGGUUCACUUCCACAUCGAGCCCUGAGAGACUUGUCCAGGAAAUAUGGCCAAAUCAUGCAUCUUCAACUCGGUGAAAUAUCUGCAGUUGUUGUUUCAGGACCUCAAAUGGCGAAAGAGGUACUGAAGACUCACGACAUCGCUUUGGCAAGCCGGCCGAAAAUUGCAGCUGCAGAUAUAAUCACUUAUGAUUACAGAGAUGUUGGAUUCGCGCCUUACGGUGAUUACUGGAGACAGAUGCGUAAAAUUUGUGUUUUGGAACUCCUUAGUGUCAAAAAUGUUCGCGGGUUCUCCCCCAUCCGGGAAGACGAGACAUGGAAAAUGAUCCGUUCGAUCCAGGCAUCCUCCGGGUCAUCAGUGAACCUAACUGACAAACUCUUUGUAUUGACAAAUGCUAUAACUAGUAGAGCCACAUUUGGAAUCGGAUCCAAACAGCGCCAAGAUGAACUAAUAAGGCUGUCAAAUCGAAUCAUGGAAAUAGCUAGUGGUCUUGAUGUUGCUGAUUUGUUUCCUUCCAAAAAACUCGUCAAACUCAUCAGCGGGAUAUCUUUCAAACUCAAGAAAUUGUUCUCAUCAAUGGACCAAAUAUUAGAUGAAAUUAUCCAGGAGCAUAGAGAGAAGAUGUCAAAUUAUCCAGGAAUUAGUUCUAGCGACACUCCAGGAGGAGCUCAAUCAUCCAGGGACGAUGACGAUAUAGUUGAUGUUUUGUUGAAGGUCAAUGAAAGAGGCGAUCUCAACUUUCCAAUUUCAACCGAUGGAGUAAAAGCUAUCAUUGUUGACAUGUUCAUCGCUGGAACUGAAACUUCUGCAACAACCAUUUCAUGGGCAAUGUCAGAAAUGAUAAGAAAUCCAAGAGUCAUGGAGAAAGCACAAGCAGAAGUGAGAGGUGUCCUGCAGGGAAAGAGUCGAAUACGCGACAAAGAUUUGAAUGAACUGAGUUACUUGAAACUAGUGAUCAAAGAAACUCUAAGGCUAUACCCACCAAUUCCCUUGUUACUCCCAAGAGAGUGCAGAGAAAAAUGUGAAAUUGAAGGGUACGAUAUCCCGAAAGGAACCAGGGUCAUUGUGAAUGCCUGGGCAAUUAACAGGGAUCCAGAGUUUUGGAAGGAUGCUGAAAGUUUUGAACCAGAGAGAUUCAUGAGCAAUGGAAUUGACAGAAUUGGUCCCAAUUUCGAAUAUAUUCCAUUUGGGGCAGGAAGAAGGAUGUGUCCUGGAAUUUCAUAUGCUGCAGCAACCAUGGAACUUGCUCUCGCUCAACUUCUUUACCAUUUUAACUGGAAAAUCCCGGAUGAUUCAGAACCCGAGUUAGAUAUGAGUGAAAGGUUAGGUGUCAAUCUUGUUAGGACAAACAGCUUGUUUCGAAGAUCAUUUGGCAACUUGCUUCUGUUUUAUCACUUUAUGGAGCUCACAUUUUCACCAAUCUUCAUCUUUUCCAUUCUCUUUUUCCUUUCUCUGAAAUUCAUUAGUUACAAACUGUGUGUAAGCAAAUCCAAGGAUGAAUCAGGUUCUAAAUUACCUCCAGGACCGUGGAAGCUGCCCAUUAUUGGAAGCUUACACCAUUUGGCACUGGCAGGUUCACUUCCACAUCGAGCCCUGAGAGACUUGUCCCGGAAAUAUGGCCAAAUCAUGCAUCUUCAACUGGGUGAAAUAUCAGCAGUUGUCGUCUCUGGACCUCAAAUGGCGAAACAUGUACUGAAGACUCAUGACAUUGCUUUGGCAAGCCGGCCAAGGCUUGCAGCUGUAGAGAUCGUAUCCUAUAAUUACAGAGAUGUUGCAUUUGCCCCUUAUGGUGAUUACUGGAGACAGGUCCGAAAAAUCUGCGUCAUGGAGCUCCUUAGCGUAAAAAAUGUCCGCCGUUUUUCAUCCAUUCGGGAAGAUGAAACCUGGAAUAUGAUCAGUUCGAUCCAGACAUCAUCAAGGUCGUCGUCAGUCAACCUAACUGAAAAGGUUUUUACAUUAGCAAAUGCUAUCACGAGCAGAGCAGCAUUUGGAAUUGGACCCAAAAAACGCCAGGAAGAAUUAAUCAGGUUGGGAAAUCGGAUGACAGAGAUGGCUAGUGGUUUUGAUGUAGCUGAUUUGUUUCCAUCCAAAAAAUCCAUUCAGGUCAUUAGCGGGAAAAGUUUCCAACUCAAGAAGGUGUUCAAAAAUCUGGACCAAAUACUUGAUGAAAUUAUCAGGGAGCACAGGGAGAAGAAAAUAUCAGCUUCAGGUAAUUCUAACAACCCUUCAGCUGCUAAAACAUCCAGGGAAGAAGAUAUCGUUGAUGUUCUAUUGAAGAUCGAUGAAGAAGGCAGUCUUGAUUUUUCUGUUUCAACGGACAGCAUCAAAGCAAUUAUUGUUGAUAUGUUUGCUGGUGGAACCGAAACCUCGGCUACAGCCAUAACGUGGGCAAUGUCAGAAAUGAUAAGGAACCCUAGAGUCAUGGAGAAAGCACAAGCUGAAGUGAGAGCUGUCCUCCAGGGAAAGACCAGAAUAUUCGACGAGGAUUUGAAAGGAUUGAGUUACCUAAAACUAGUGAUCCAAGAAACUCUAAGGUUGUACCCGCCUGUUCCCUUGUUAGUUCCCAGGGAAUGUAGGGAACACUGUGAAAUUGAAGGCUAUGAAAUCCCAAUUGGAACCAAAGUCAUUGUGAAUGCCUGGGCAAUCAACAGGGAUCCGGAGUUUUGGAAGGAUGCCGAAACAUUCAAACCUGAGAGAUUCGUGAACAAGGGAAUUGAUGUAAUUGGACCCUAUUUCGAGUAUAUUCCGUUCGGGGCAGGAAGAAGGAUAUGCCCUGGGAUUUCAUUUGCCACGCCAGUUAUGGAACUUGCUCUGGCUCAAUUACUGUAUCAUUUCGACUGGAAAAUCCCUGGCGGGAAACAGACAGAAUCACUAAACAUGAUGGAGUGCCUUGGUGCCGUUCUUCGUAGGAAGAAUGCCUUGUGUUUGGCUCCAACCAUUCGGGUUCCUUUUGAGUAGGAACGGAUGCUUUUACAUUGUUUGUGAAAGCAACUCUCUCUCUCUCUUUUUUUUUUUUUUUCAGAAUAAUCAUGAUUUCAUAAAGAAACUAUGAUAUGCAAACUUUUUCUUUGCAAUCUACAUAGAAGAUAGAAAGUCUCUAGUUAAUUUUAUGUACUGUAUAAAGUAUCAUAUUCUAAGAUAUAUGCAAAUUAUUCUUGCAAAUUUGCAACCACCUUCACUCUGGUCUAGAUGAUUUUUUUUUUCCCUCUCUUCCACCAAUUAAGAACAACUUGCAGCAGGCCUUCAUGAGCACGGCGACAAUUUAUGGUUAUAACAUGUGAUUGGACAACCUGAGAAGGGGUUUCGGGAUGAGUAUAAAGCAAUGGCAUCACUGUGCAACGAGUGAUCUAGAAGGGGAGCCUUCUCCCUAGCCAUUGCAGAUGUCAGGGCAGCAACUAUGCCGAAAAAAGCCCUUGGAACAUGCCGAGUUUAAAGAUCGAUCUUUGGAUCCAAAUUAAUUUCUUCUUCUUCUUCUUCUCCUUCAUAAACGCGGCAUGUUCUUAUGCCACCAACAGAGCUUCUUUCUUGGAGCAUCACUUACAACUUACGAAUGGAUGAAAAUUCUUUGUCGUUUCUCAGCAGAAAGUGACCUGAUUUGAAGAGGAUAUUGACUGCAAUUCAGCUUUGCUUGUGACACCAAUCUAUGGAUUCGACUAGUAAAUCAGGGUCUCAAGGUUUCCAUCUAAUUCCAUUUUAUCUGUAUUUCUUAAGCCCCCUUUUCGAAAAUGCGGUGACUGUUCUCCAAGAUUUGAUGAAGCGGUUGCUGGAGAGCUAAUUAGUCUGGAAGGACUGGAUUAAAUAGGUGGAGGGUCUUCCUGGAGAUGUAAAAAAUUAAGGUUUCAAUAUGGGAAGAAAGGAAUUUUUUACAAUUAAAAGGAGGUUGUAU